CGCCAUUGGUGUAAAAUUUAAAGUGGUACGGUUUCCAACUGUAUAAAGGGACCAAGACGAAGAAGCCCUUUUCACCCGCUCUGUCAUGUCUUUCAAUGCUACAGUGGCUGCCGAGUCCCUCUACGCCGGUACAGACCUCCAGUCAUUAAAUUGGGUUGAACAGCAAUGGAUCGCGUGGUACAUCUGGAUUGGCAAUCCAGUCAUCGCGACAGGCUUAAUGAGCUUUUUGAUGCAUGAGAUCGUCUACUUUGGACGCUGCAUACCAUGGAUAAUCAUUGACGCCAUACCCUACUUCCGUCAGUGGAAGCUGCAGCCUACAAAGAUACCUUCGGUUCAGGAUCAGUGGGAAUGCACAAAGCUGGUUCUCUUCUCUCACUUCACCAUCGAGCUUCCCCAGAUCUGGUUAUUCCAUCCUUUGGCUGAGUCGAUUGGAAUGUCCACCUAUCAAGUCCCUUUCCCUCCCCCGAAGACAAUGGUGCCUCAAAUUCUAUUCUUCUUCUUCUUUGAAGAUUUCUGGCACUUUGGUGCGCACACCCUCUUCCACCAGGGUGUCUUUUACAAGUAUAUCCAUAAGAUACAUCACCGUUAUGCUGCGCCCUUCGGUCUUGCCGCAGAGUACGCGCACCCCGCGGAGGUUAUGGCUUUGGGUAUGGGGACGCUUGCUGGCCCCCUUCUCUAUUGCGCUUAUACUCGUGAUUUCCACAUCAUGACGAUGUACAUCUGGAUCACCCUUCGCCUCUUCCAAGCUGUAGAUUCUCACAGCGGUUAUGACUUCCCUUGGUCUCUCCAGCACAUCCUGCCAUUCUGGGCGGGAGCCGAGCACCACGAUUUCCAUCAUAUGACCUUCACAAACAACUUCUCUUCCUCGUUCCGCUGGUGGGACAGGAUUUUUGGUACCGACACCAACUACAUUAAGGUGAAAGCCCGUCUGCGUGCUGCCAAGUAUGCGAACAAGAACGCCACCAAAGAGGAGCGGUUGGCAUAUGAGCGCAAAGUAAUGGCUCAGGUGGAGGCUGAGGGUCUCGCAGCAGAAGCGACGGUCGAGAACAGUGUCGGCAAGGGGAAACAUGAUUAAAUAAUGAUGAAUCACGCCCGCAUGCUUAAAUCACAACUUGAUUAUAUUAUAGCUAUUUUUACUCUUCAUCGUAGAACGAAUGCGAUGUCGGCUAUUGUUC